UUUGAGCUACGGCUAUGAUGUUAUCAUGGUAUCAGAGCUUCGGCUCUUGAUCCUGAUUCUCAUCUAAGCUUGAUUCGUGGUUGUUUGCAGCUUUCGCUUCCGCUCUUCGUUUCUGGUGUUCGUUUGCUGCAGAAACCCUAGCUUUCUUUGUUUUUCAGAUCUGCAAAGUUUAAGCUUCUAAGGAAUCAUGACAAAUACUCAGUCAGAAAUAAACUCACUGUUGAGCAUGAUAACUGUGAAAUUGGGAGAUACUAAUUUCAUUAAGUGGAGUUAUCAGUUCCAAUCUGUUCUGGAGGUGAAUGAUCUCUUCAGCUAUAUAUUUUGAUGGUUCUUAUCCAUGUCCUCCUCGAUUUUUUCUAUCUGAGGAAGGUUUAGUGACAAGUGAGAUUAGUGAAAGCCUAUAAAGAGUGGAAAAUGAUAGACAAGGCAUUGAUAGGUCUCUUAAUGGCAACUCUGGAUGAUGAGGUUAUGGAUAUCAUUGUGGGAUCUAGGUCAUCAAGGGAAGCCUGGUUAGCAUUACAAGAGAGAUUCUCUUCUGUUUCUAGAGCUAGUAUCAUGCAGUUGAAGACUGAUUUACAAAUCAUUAAGAAAGGUGCAGAUUCUAUUGAGAAGUACCUUCUGCGCAUUAAGCAUGCUAAAGACCAACUCAGCUCUGUUGGUGUCACGAUGGUAGAUGAAGAUAUUGUAGUUGUGACUCUUAAUGGUUUACCUGAAGAAUACUCUAUGAUAAAGACUGUCAUUAGAGCAAGAGAUAACUCAAUUUCCUUUAAGGACCUUAGAGCUCAACUGUUGGCAGCAAAAAGAGACAUUGAAUCUCAGUUUUCUUUGAGUGGCUCUACGACAGCAAUGGCAACGAGAGGUUCCUCCAAUUUUAGAGGUAGUAGCAGUAAUGGAGCUAACAAUUUCAAUGGUGACAAAGGAAAAAGGGUUUGGAAUGAUUCUGCUAAGAAGUCCAACUGGAGUGGCACUAAGCAAUUUACUCAAGGUCAAAGUUCAGACUCAUUAUGGUGGUGCUAAGUGUCAGAUAUGUGACAAGAAGGGUCACACUACUGAUAAUUGCUAUAGAGAUUCUAUUUGAGUUUUGUGGCAGGCAAGGACAUAUUGCUCGAAUUUGUUUCAACAAUCCAGCUUCUCCAAAUUACAAACCUGGGAAUGGUGAAUAUAGAAAUAAUAGUGGAGCCUCACUUGAAUGUCAACUUUGUAACAAAAGAGGACAUACAGCUAUUAACUGUCCUUCAAGAAAUGAAGGCUCAUCUGUGUUUGUUUGCCAAAUCUAUGGUCUGAAAGGCUAUACUGCUUUGGAUUGCCCACACAGGAGCAAUUAUGCUUUUCAAGGCUCCAAUCCUCCUGCUACAAUCACAGCUAUGUCUGCUCAUACUCAUGGUGCAUCAUCUUCAGGUGUUUCUCCUAAUGAAGUUUGGAUUAGAGACACAGGAGCAACUCACCAUAUGACCUCUGAUCUCAGAAAUCUUGCUAUAGCUCAUCCUUAUGAUUCCUCCAAUUCAAUCACUAUUGGUAAUGGUGAAGGUUUGAGUAUCAAACAUAUUGGUUCUACUGAAAUUACUCCUCAUACUUUUCAGUUGAAUAAUGUUCUUCAUGUUCCAAGUUUGGCAGUUAAUUUGUUAUCUCUUAACAAGUUAUGCAAGGAUAAUAAGUGUUUCAUUGUCAUGGAUGGCACUGAAAUUAGUGAAAUAUGUGUGUAGGACAAAAUGUCAAGGGAAAUCCUUCAUCAAGGAAAGAGUACAUCUAAAGGGCUGUUUCUGUUUACUACUCCUCAAAUAAGGUCUUCUCAUACUGCCUUCAUUGGAUCAGCUGUGAAAUCCACUAUGUGGCAUCAAAGGCUAGGCCAUCCAUCUGCUGCUGUUGUUUCCAAGAUGCUUAGCUACUCUUAAGAUUUCUAGUCCAAGGGAUGCAUCUGAUCAGUUGUGUAUAUCUUGUUUGUCAGGGAAAAUGCAUAGAUUACCUUUUGUUGAGUCCACUUCUAAGUCAACUGCUCAUUUUCAGAAAAUUCAUUCUGAUGUAUGGGGUCCAGCACCAUGUUUGUCUUUAGAAGAAUUCAGGUACUAUGUGACAUUUAUAGAUGAUUUCACCAAGUUUGUAUGGAUAUUUCCUUUAAUCAAUAAAUCAUAUGUUUUUCCCACUUUUGUGAAG